AGAGCAGAGCUGGUGUAUGCUCAAUUUUUCUUUGCGUUACAUAUUGUUUGAGUAUAUUUUUAUUUAACAAAACAUUAGAAUUGAUAUUAAUUAUGAAUUUAAAAUGAACUUAGUGAUGUGACGUUUCUAUUGACGUGUAUUUUUCUUUAAAUAAAAUAUGAUCUUAUUAUCUUUUAAAAUGGAACCGUGGACAAUAUUUUGGACUUUUGUUUUGGGUCUUACGAGUAUUGCGGAGGCGGGACCUAUUGGAGACCAAUGUGAUUGGACUGGAAGUGGGUUGAGCACAAGCGCUGAGCGGGGAGUGACGCCGGUGUACCUCAGGUGCCGUGAGGGCACGGUGUCGUGGCUGUACCCGCGCGGUGCGCUGCGGCUGCUCUUCCGACCGCCGCUACCCGCCGACGAGAGGGACUUCAGAGUGUGCAUCCGAGUGAUAAGACGCCCAGACCCACCUGACUUGUUUCACUCGCUGCAGCUUAAUGACUUAGAAGUUGCAGAGCGGUUUCCAGCGCGUAUCUUCGUUGAGGGUGUCCGCAAGUUGAUACCUCUGUAUGCACCUGACGACGACGACCCUCGCGAGCUUCGCUGUUUCCGAAGCAAGCACGGUCGCGCUGCUUUGUACGUCGAAGCAGAGCCAGAAGAGGGGCCCAAGAGACGAGUGGCCACGUUCAAGUACGAGGUUCGCUCGCUGGAGAGGCACUAUGACCCCGCUACGGCUGAAUGCAGGCCGUGCUCCGAGUCGGAACUCGAACUAGCCUUCUGCACUAGCGAUCUCGUAUCCCGAGCGGUAAUAGUGGGCAGUGAGCAGCGGGAGGACUUGGACACAACUCAGCUGACGUUGCGGUUGACCAAACUGGUCCGCGCUACCGGGGCGGAUGGCGAGCCUAGUGAUGUAGAUGAUGAAUAUUAUAGGUACGAAACAGACAACACGCUCCGUUCCAAGCGUUCACUCCACGCGCACGUGCACGUGUCCGCGUCGUGCGGUGCGGGCGCGGGCGCGGGCGAGUUCGUGGUGAUGGCGCGACGGGCAUUGGGUCGGUUACGUCUUGUAUGCGCUCCGCAUGCUGAACAAUGGGAUAGAUUGGCGAAGAGGAGAACUGCUGAGGGGAAUGCGCAUUGUGCUCUGUUGUAAUAGUCUGGGGACUGUAGGGGUAAAUUGGGUGCGCCCUGCUGUAAUAGGACAAGUGUACGAGAUUAAUGGGGGAAGGAUGUGCUGGGAGCGCGAUUGUACACUCUACUGUAAUAGUGUUAGUACCAGGUUAAAUCAAAGAGGAAUUGACUGGAAGCAGCAUUGUGCGCUGUUACAAUAAGCUGGUGUGUGGGAAUGGGGAAAGCUGUUGCAUUAGUGAGAGUAUAGCAACUGUGGGACGACGGGCGGUGGAAAGGAGCGCACCUUGUCAGCUGCACUACUUUGCAGGAGGGUUGGGAUAUGCUGCGAUGUACACGGUGAAAGAAUAGAGGGGGGUGGUGUAUUGGUUGCUCGCACUGGGCGCUGUUACAACAGUACGUGCUGACUUAGAAUAAAGGGGUGCUGUGAUGUGAUGAGAGCAUGUACUAUACGCACAACAGAUACAGGCAUGUGCUACACAACAUAGUUGACGGGAAUGCAGCGUGAUAUGAUCUCCCGGAUUUGAUCAAUACAAUGAAAUAAACCAAGCUAUGAAAUAUCUAAAUUCUUUGAACAACAUAAACUUAGAUAAUAGAGAAACAUUGAUGAUACUUUCUUUACUGUGUUAAAAAUAAGUGAAGAUUCGCUUGCCAUAAAUUAGCUUGUACAAAUGCAAUAUUGUAAAUAUGAAUUAAUAUUAAUGAAUGUGGUCCACAGUGCCAAAUGUAAGAUUUAUAUAUAGCUUAUAAGGUUGAUCUCAAGCUGUAAAUAAUGUACAUUUUAGAUUAAAAUUUAAUGGAUAUUAUAUUAUUGCCAUUUAUAGUAUAUGAUAUGCUAUUUGAAACAAAUUAAUAUUUUUAAUAUAAGAACUUUAUAAAAAAUAUAUUAACUUUUAAACUUUAUUUCCGCAAACUUCCAAGGAUUUUAUGUAUUAAGAUCCUUUUUUAUGCAAAAAUGUGUAAACCAGUUAUAUAUUUUUCAUAAUUUUUAUUACUUAGCACUUUUUAUUUUAACCUUUUGAUAUUUAUCGACCUCAUGUUAUGUCAAUUUACUAUAUAUAAGAUAGCUUAUAUAACUAAGUUUAAAUCCUAUCAAUUUAGUGCUUCCAGUAACAGAAUCUAUAAAAUAUAUGAAGAUAUUAAACUAUUUGUCUGUAAAAUAACAUAUAGGUACUUUAUUUACUAAUAUAUGUAUACAAUUAAUAUAUUUUGUA